AAUACUCACGUUGACGCAAGCCCUCCAAAGCAAACAGACUGCGCUGCCUCACAUCCGAUUGACCCUGUCCAGGAGGUUGCGCAACCAACACUCUUCAACAGCUGUCGCAACGACUGGUUGCUUCCGCCUGGAUAGCCACCACUUGGCUGGAUAAAGCACAUGAGUUUGGCCCCGAGGUGCACAUAACAGACGCGAACAUCAUGUAUAGCGGGGUCGCACCCCCUAUUGCAGGGGUCGGGCCCAAGGCGGGGACACAGCGUGUCGUGAACCGCCUGACUCUGGCCCUUCACGCCUCGGUUGCCCUGGUUGCGCUAUCGAUAGCCUUUGUGCUCUUCGACAAUUCGCUGUUCGCAUGGCACCCCGCAUUCAUGAGCAUUGGUUAUAUCGUGUUCAUGACGGAGGGGCUCAUUGCCGCUAUCCAUUUCAGGCACAUUGAUGGGCCGGAUCGCGUCAAGGCGAUCUGGUCGCACGCGCUGCUACAGAUUCGUGCGCUGGUGUGCGUGCUCAUAGGCUUCGGGGUCAUUUACAGGAACAAGAUCCUGUUGGGGAAGCCCCACUUCAUGAGCCUGCAUGCCAAGUUUGGCCUGGCCACUCUGAUCCUGAGCGUGCUGAUGCCGCUGUGGGGCCUGGUGUCAUUCCGGCGCAUGGGCAUUAUUCAGAAGUUCCCGGAGCGCUGGCAGCCUCGCAUCAAGGCGCUGCACCGGCAGCUGGGUCUGCUGACGUGGCUGCUGGCGCUGGUGACCAUUGAGCUGGCGCUGCCGCACCCGGCGGUGGCCAAGGGUCGGCUGACCCAGGCCUGGCAGGCGGGGGUGGCACUCAUCGGCGUGCUGCUGCUGGGGCUGUCGUUGAAGGCGGUGGUGACCCCCAAGUCGCUGGGCGGGGCUGAGGACCCGCUCAGCAAGACCGUGUAGAACAGUGCGUGCAGUGAGCUCCUUGGAUAGUGAGUGAAGUGAUCGAUAGAUGUGGUAUGGGCACGGUGAGCGUAAUUGAUUGUUGCGAUGAUGUGGGGCCCUUGGGCCUGACGGGGCGGGGUACGAGGGGGUGCGUGCUGGAGCGAGCGAGCGCUUGCCAGAACGUGGGAAUAUACUGGUUGGCCGAGGCGUAUAAUAUUGAAAUGUUUAAAUCCAGCUGUGGGAGCUGCUAGAAGGACUGGGGGGACGCAAGCUGGGGUCUAUUGGUGCCGACGGUGUGGGUCGUCGCGGCCACACGCACACGAGGACCCAUGCACAGCGCAUUUUGGACUUGGCGUUGGAAUCAUCAAUUAUCACUGUAGUCACUUGUUACUGCC